AGAACGAGUUACUGUAUCCGUGACACGUGACGUCGAACGUGACGUUGUUUAUGAAUAAAUUCCAAAAGGCAAUUUCUAAUUUUCUAUUUUCUAAAAUGAAUUGAACUUUGGACUUCGGACUUGAAGUUGGACCGUGUUUGCAGUUCGGUAUAUCUCGUCUUACUGUAUUUAUUUUUUGCACGACUAGGUUAUUUAUCAACAUUGUUGGAAAUAAGAAUUAACGUAUACUUUUUAGACAGUCUAAUUUGUUAAAAUGAACCGUGUAAUUAAUACAUGUUUAAAGAAGCAAAAUAAUGUCCAAACGAUAUUAUUUCCGAGGUCUCUGUCGACUUCCAAUGCAAACUUUAAGACUGUCCAGAACUCCAAGCAUGGUUCUGAAAAAAGUUCAACUGGAAAUGCAGAAAAUUAUUCCUUCGUUAUGAACUUAUUUAGGGGGCAAUUGGAGCCCCGUCAAGUAUUCCCGUACCCUAAUGUUUUAAACGAAGAACAAAAAGAAACGCUUCAAAUGAUGGUAGAUCCAACUAAUAAAUUUUUCCAAGAAGUAAACGACCCCGCCAAAAACGAUGCCUUGGAAAAAGUGGACGAAAAAACUCUAGCCGGCCUCUGGGAACUCGGGGCGUUCUCCCUGCAAGUGCCCCAAGACUUCGGAGGCUCCGGAUUGUCCAACACCCAAUACGCCAGGCUCGUGCAAAUAGUGGGAGCCAACGAUCUCGGCGUCGGCAUCACCUUAGGCGCCCACCAGUCCAUAGGCUUCAAGGGAAUACUGCUCGUAGGCACCCCCGAGCAGAAGGCCAAGUACUUGCCCCGAGUCUCCAACGGCGAAAUGGCCGCUUUUUGCCUCACCGAGCCCUCUUCGGGCUCCGAUGCUGCUUCUAUUAAAACGAGAGCAGAACUCUCCCCGGAUGGUAAACAUUACAUAAUGAACGGCUCGAAAAUUUGGAUAAGCAACGGAGGACUCGCCGAGAUAAUGACUGUCUAUGCACAAACACCAGUAGUCGAUCAGAAAACUGGAAAGACUGUAGACAAAGUAACUGCAUUUAUCGUCGAAAGAUCAUUCGGAGGCGUCACCUCCGGACCUCCGGAGAAGAAGAUGGGAAUUAAAUGCUCCAACACAGCCGAGGUAUACUACGACAACGUGAAAAUCCCCGUGGAAAACGUCCUGGGAGGAGUGGGAAACGGCUUCAAGGUAGCCAUGAACGUCCUGAAUAACGGACGAUUCGGCAUGGCGGCCGCGCUGUCGGGCACGAUGCAAACGUGCAUAAAAAAAGCCGUCGAAUUCGCCACGCAGAGGAAGCAAUUCGGCGAGCGCAUCGACAGCUUCGGGAGCAUCCAAGAGAAGAUAGCGCGCAUGUCCAUGCUGCAGUACGUCACGGAAUCCAUGGCGUACAUGAUAUCCGGUAACAUGGAUUCCGGUUCGGUUAAUUACCACUUGGAGGCGGCGAUAUCGAAAUGCUUCGCUUCGGAGGCGGCCUGGUACGUGUGCGACGAGGCCAUCCAGAUUAUGGGCGGGAUGGGCUUCAUGAAGCAUUCCGGCUUGGAGAGGAUACUGAGAGAUUUGAGGAUAUUCAGGAUAUUCGAGGGGACCAACGAUAUUUUGCGGUUGUUCGUCGCUUUGACGGGCAUGCAGUACGCGGGGUCGCAUUUGAAGGAGUUGCAAAUGGCGUUUAAGAAUCCCACUGCGCACUUGGGGUUGAUCUUCGAAGAGGCCUCCAAGAGGAUGGUGAGGAAGGUUGGGUUGAGCUCGCCGCCUGCGAUGGAGCACUUGGUUCAUAGGGAUUUGGCUUCUAGUGCUAAUUUAUUAGCUAAAUGUUUCGAUUCAUUUGGGCAAGCUGUGGAAAUGGUUCUAAUCAAGUACGGCAAGAAUAUAGUAAAUGAACAGUUUAUUUUGAAUCGACUUGCGAAUGCUACAUUCGAUAUCUAUACCAGCGCGGUAGUUUUAUCGAGGGCGAGCACAUCGCUUAAAGAGGAAUUGAGUUCGGCGAAUCACGAGAAGUUGAUGGCUGAAGCGUGGACUUUAGAGGCCACGGAAAGGGUUGAGAGUUACUUGAAAGUAGUUGCCUCUGGAAAACAUUUAGAUAAUUUCUCGAAGAUGAGUACAAUUUCAAGGAACGUCUGUCAAGCUGAGGGAGUAGUACAAAACAAUCCGUUAAAAAUUUGAUGGAAACUAGAAAGAUUAAUAUAAUACGUUUAAUUCCAUGAAAAGUGCAAAAAAAUUGUGAAAAUGAGUUUUCUAGGUUGCUGAUUGUAUUCUUAUAUUUUUUUAACUGUUGGAUGAUUUUUCAUUUUCGACAGUUUUUAAGUAUCAUGAAAUUAUUUUUAGUUUUUAUCAAUUUUAUUUUUACCAUUACCAUGUAUGUACAUAUUUUAAAUGUAGGUCUGUGUAAUUUCUAAAUUUCAACUAUCUUCUGAAAAUUACUUCGAAUAAAAUUAGGUAAUAACUAUUUAUAAAACUUUGGAACUGAAACUAAUCCUAUAUAUAUUUUUUUAAUGUGGA